UGACCGGAACUGCAAUCGCUGCUGGAGACAUUCUCGAAAUCAAAAUUAAAUCAGACUGUGUGCGAUACUCAGGACUUGCAUUGCCUAGGGCGAUCUUAUAUCUCUGGUUCAUCAAGGUCCCGAGUUCAUUAUCUGUAAGGAUAUCAUGCAAUGCUCAGGAUUGUCCUCGAUCACCUAUGUUCGGGACGAAAGACGGCACCUCUCCCACGCGUUCCUAGAUCUUCCAUUGGAUACUUCAAUUCGUGCUGCACGUUACUCUACAUCAUCUGCGCCUGGCAUUCAUGUAGUAGAUGCAGUCAACCGGUCCAGUCACGGCGUGUACCGAGUAGCAAUUACAGAAGUUGUCCUCCUCAACGAGAACCUCAUUGUGGCAAAUAUCCUGUCAUACAACGUACUUAUCGUUCUUGUUGUGCAAAGAGUAACACCAGCCCCUUUUGGCAUCCCAAUGAGGUAAAAAUGUCGCCGUCGCCGAAUCUUCACCGCCCCGGUUCCGUGUUUUUCGGGCCACUACAUAGAAUCACCAAGAAGAACUGUGCCGAUUGUAUGUGAUUGACGAAUCAAAUGGAAUUGAUCAAUGUUUCAGCUCUCCUCUGUCAAUCAUUUGAUUCUGUUGAGUAAAAGCAGAUCAUCUGCAAGCAAAUAGCACAAACUAAUCUUUAUGUACGAACGGAUGUGACCACG